AUUUGUUAGAAUAUGUAAAAACAUGAUAAUUCAGUCAAUUUUAAAUCAGAUAAAUUUAACUCAUCAGGUCAAAAAAUAUCAAAACAUUUAAAUAGUCAUAUCAUUUUUAAUCUUUUUAAAUCAAUCUCUCUCAUUAUAGAUUGCACUUUGUAAGUCAAAAUUGUAAAAUAUUUUCUAAAAUCUUAAUUAAAUCAAAAUAAAUAAAUAUCAUCGGUUCAGAUUCAAUCAAGUACAAGUCAAAUAAAAUUUGAUAAGUCUAAACAUGCGAUAAUUACAUAGUUGUAAAACUAACCUCAUCAUAAUCAUACUCGGUAGAUCUCACUUAUAGCAGCCAUAAUCCAAAUUUGAAAAAGGUGAAAGAAUCACAAACCAUACACAGAUAUACUUAUCAAAAGAGAUUUGCGGCGGUUUCCAAUGUGUUAUUUUGAUUAUUUAUAUAUUUAACUAUGCACAUCUAAAAAUUCUAAAAAUUUAAUAUUAUGAAAGUAUGUGAUUAGAGGAUUCUAACAAGGUCACAUGUGACUAUAUUUUUCUUACACGUUAACCGCAAUAUAUAAAAUAAGCUUGAAUAAUGAAUAAUAUUAAAAAUAACAAUAGAGUAAGUAUUUCAAAAUGGAAGAAGUAUAAAACUACUGUCGUUCUACUUCGAAAAAAACUUGAACGUAAAGUAUACUCCCAUAGAAGUUUAAUUUAAUCAAAUCCAUAAUUGGGAGUUGAGUUAUUGUUCUUGUGAUUGGUCCAUUAUUUAGGGGUGUUUAAAAAUAUCAAAUUUGGGAAAAUUCGAUCCGAAAUAUUCGUUAUAUAAUUUUAAACCGAAUAAUAAACUCAGAUUUAAAAAAUCCGGAAAAUCCAAACUGUGUAUCUGUUUAAAUAUUGGAUAUUCAAAUCUGGAAAUCCGGAUAAUCGGUAUCCGGUUUAUAAUUUUUUUUUUAAAAAAAAUGCUUUGGAAACCCUAAACCUAAUGGCUAUGGCUAUUGCUAUUGAAAUUAUUCUUCCUCAAGACUCCAUUCCUCAAAACUUAUCUUCAGUCAUUCCAACUCAUCGAACAUCGUCAUAAGCAAGCAGUCUCCAUUCCUCAAAACAGUCGACAAGCAGUCCGACUCCUCGGCCAUCGAACAACCUGUUGGAGUGGACUUGAAUGCAAUUGUACACAAGGUGCUUGACGUUUGGCGUCAAUAAGCCUCAAAUUUUUCUAAUGCGACUCAAAAGAAUUCUGGCAAACAAUUUGGCAAUAUUGGCUUCGAACCCAUUUCAGAAUUCAGGUCAUAUGUUAGUGCAAAUUAAGCAUAAAACAAGUGGAGGUAGAAAACCCAAAAAGAAAAUCUAUCAUAGGGUUCAUGAACUUGACAAAGUCAUGGACUUGCAGAAAAAACCUGCUCUAAUACUUCAACUUAAGGACAUAAUUCAAUCCCAGAAAAAUAAAUGCAUUUUCCUUAGGGACCUUGAAAAGGAAGUGGGGUUUGUGCAAAAAUGGAAUUGUAUGGCUGUUAUUGAAAAGUACCCUAUGAUCUUUCAUGUUAGUGGUGGAAGUAGAACACCCAUCUCAGUUCGGCUUACUGAGAAGGCGAAAAGUGUUGCGGCCGAAGAAAAUGAAGCUUGGAUGCUUAUGGAACCUAUUCUGGUUAAGAACUUGAGGAAAUUGUUAAUGUUGACGGUUGAUUGUAGACUUCCAUUGGAGAAGAUUGAAUUUAUAAAAAGUGUAUUAGGUUUGCCAAGUGAUUACAUGGAGUCACUGAUUCUAAAGUACCCUGAAUUCUUUUGUGUAAAAGAAGUUAAUGGAAAGGCUUAUUUGCAUUUGGAGAGUUGGGAUUCUUCUCUUGGUAUAACUGCCCGCGAAGAGAAAAUGAUGCAGGAAGGAUUGUUAAAGGAUGGCGGGAAGCAAAUGAAAGUUAAGAUAUCAAGAGACGGUAAUUAUCCUGGUCCUCAUGCAUUUCGCAUUUGCUAUGCUGCUGGUUUUAGGCCUAAUACGGGUUUCCUAGUGGAAGUCGAAAGAUGGCAGAAAAUGGAGUUUCCUUCUCCUUACUUAAAUGCAAGGAGGUUUGACCCUGCUGAUCCUAAGGCACGAAAAAGAGUGGUCUCAGUGCUCCAUGAACUUCUGAGCUUGACUGUUGAGAAGCGAAUGACAUCUGUGCAAAUGAGUGGUUUUCAAUCCGAGUUACUUUUACCUGCUAGGCUAUUACUUUGCUUAAUCAAGCAUCAUGGAAUCUUCUACAUCACCAAUAAGGGUGAAAGAAGUACAGUCUUUCUUAAGGAAGCAUAUGACAGUUCCAAUUUGAUUCAACAAUGCCCUAUAUUACGAUUCAAUGCAAAAUUUGUAGCACUAGCGGGUAGAAAGGAUUCAAAUAUCUCCAAUGAGAUUGCUGAAUCGUCGAUACUUUAGCGCUUGUAAGGAAAUUAGAAGUUCAAGGUAUUCCAUCAAAGCAAGCUGAAGUAAUUACUGCAACAAUUAUGGAGGUUUUGCACGAUAGUCUGGAAAAUGUGUCUCAUUCUUUUAUGUCUAAGGCUGAUAUGCAGAAAGAUCAAUCAAUUCAAUUCGAGAUGAAGAGUUGUGUAGAUGGUUGAAGAUGUGAAGUUUUAGGUUAAAGGGUGUUCAGCCGCGAUGAUGUGUUGCGGUCAUCUAAGAGUGAUGCUGAUAUGGAAGAUUACGGAUUUGAGUACUCUAACGAUGAUGGAGAUGAGCAGGAUGUGGGCAUUGAAGGUUGCUUACAUCUUGAUAAUUAUUGAAUCUUUUUUGAUAUUUUAAUUUUUUUAUUUAGUUAUUGAUUGCUACAGCAGAACAUUGAUUAGAUAAUGGCAGCUUGAGUCUUUUCUUAGUGUUGGUUAUUACCCUACAUUUUAUGUUUUUUUUUUCUUGAUAUUCUUUAUGAAUAUAUAGGGGAGUUAAGAAUUGGGAUUCUUUGGAGGAGAAACUAUGUCCUGCAACCUUUUUGAUACUCAGAAAGGGGAUUGAUUCAAUUGAAUUAUGGCGGUUUCUUCAAUUUGUAGAGAAGUUUGUCAAAUCAGCACUAAUUCAUUCGUAAAUUCGAGAAAUUUUAAGGAAUUAUAUCUAUAUGAUUUUUGUUGUUCAUAGUUUCUGCAAUUUGCGAUCAAAAUCUCCAUAUGCCAUUUGAAUUCAUACACAUAAGAAGUUCUUGAUGGGUAGAACGUUGGUGUGGACUUGAAUGCAAUUGCACAGAAGGUGCUCGACGUUUUGCGUCAAUAAGCCUUAACUUUUUCUAAUGCGUCUCAAAGGAAUUCUGGCAAACAAAUUGGCAAUAUUGGGUUCGAAUGCAUUUCAGAAUUCAGGUCAUAUGUUAGUGCAUAUUAAGCAUAGAACAAGUGGAGGUAGAGAACCCAAAAAGAAAAUCUAUCAUAGGGUUCAUGAGCUUGACAAAGUCAUGGACUUGCAGAAAAAACCUGCUGUAAAACUUCAACUUAAGGACAUAAUUCAAUCCCAGAAAAAUAAGUGUUUUUCUCCUUAGGGACCUUGAAAAGGAAGUGUGGUUUGUGCAAAAUAGAAUUGUAUGGCUGUUAUUGAAAAUUACCCUAUGAUCUUUCAUGUUAGUGGUGGAAGCAGAACACCCAUCUCAGUUCGGCUUAUUGAGAAGGCGAAAAGUGUUGCUGCCGAAGAAAAUGAAUCUUGGAUGCUUAUGGAACCUAUUCUGGUUAAGAACUUGAGGAAAUUAUUAAUGUUGACGGUUGAUUGUAGACUUCCAUUGGAGAAGAUUGAAUUUAUAAAAAGUGUAUUGGGUUUGCUAACUGAUUACAUGGAAGUCACUGAUUCUGAAGUACCCUGACGGCCCGUUUGUUACAUAGUAUUAGAGAGCGGUAAUGGUAAUAAAAUUAAGUAGUGAAAAUUUUAGUUGUUUGGAUGCCUUUAAUGGUAAUGGAUAGUAAUAAAAUAAGGUAAUGAAAUUACCAAAAAGGGCCAUUUUCAUUACCAUCAAACAACAUGGUAUUAGGCGGUAAUGGUAAUGAAGUAUUACUGUGUUAAUAAAAUAAGGUAA